UAUGUAGUUAUCGGAGAUCUCUGUCACAAUCUCAAUAACAAUUAUUUUAAUUAACAACACUUCAAGAUAAUUUGACUUCCACCUAACCAAUAAAAACGACUAACAUCAUGUAGACUACGUAGUGUUUGAAAGGAGACAAUCCUGAAAACGCUCUUUCAAACAUGGGGAACGAAAUCAAAGAGAAACCAAAAGUGAACCUCAACUUCAAGAUCGAUCCCGAAAAAAAUGAAAAGGCAGAUUUGAAUGUUCCUGAAGACAAAUAUUACAGUGUUUAUUUGUUGUUUUUCUUUUUGGGUUUAGUACAUCUUUUGCCAUGGACUUUCUUCAAUACUGCCACCGGAUACUGGAUGUACAAAUUUAGAAAUACAACCAUCAACGAGACUGACUCCGAAUUUAGAACGGAUCUGCAAGCCCGGUUUAAUGCUUCUAUAAUGAUAACACUACAAGUUUCUGAAGUUGCAUUUUUGUUCAUUGGUCUACUUUUUGGUAGAUUUAUCCCGGUCAGAGUGAGAUUUAUUGGAAUCAUGUCCACCAUCCUAUUUUUCUUUGUUGUUCUCACAGCUUUCGUCAAGAUUGACACUGAUUCUUGGCAAGAGGGAUUCUUUGCAAUGGUGAUGAUAAUUACGUUCGGAAUCAAUUCCAUGAAUGCAGUCUUCACCAUCACUUUGUACACAACAGUUUCCAGUUUUCCUCAUCACUAUUUAGCACCUUACCUCACUGGAAGCGGAUUAUCCACUUCGUUUACUGCAGUUCUUCAGGUUCUCUCAUUAGUCACAGGCCUUUCGGUUCAAGACAGCGCUUUAGUGUACUUCUCUUUGGGUGUUUUUGUAAUCGCUUCCACCUUAAUAGUCACCAUUUUUAUAACAGGUCGCAAUGAGUUUUAUUUGUACCAUAUGAGGAAUUACAGCAAGGGCCAAGAAGAUAAACGUGUUGGGUUUAGAGAAGCAAUACGUCUGUUUAAAAAGGUGUGGCCUUGUGUUGCUAUGAUGGGCCUGUUCACGUUUACCACAAACAUGUCACCUACUGCCUUGGUGGUUUCGGAGGGAGAAGGAAAUGGUCCUUGGAAUGACCGAUACUUUGUUCCUACAAUUACUUUCUUGCUUGCUGCUGUUUGUAGCUUAAUUGGACGGGGUCUGUCUUUCAAAUUCGCACCUAAGAAUUUGCCUGGAAUCGUAUGGGUGUUGAUCUCUGUUGUCAGAAGUCUGGCGAUAUUUCCAUUGAUCAUGUUGUGUAAUGCUCAACCUCGAAAACAUCUGCCCGUACUCCUACCUCAUGAUUAUCAGUACAUUCUUGUGAUGAUAGCAGGAUAUACAUCUGGCGGGUACUUAAUCAACCGUGCCAGCUAUAAUGUUGCAAGUUUGGUUGCCCCGGAAGAACUAAAAAAUGCUUAUCAUGUACAGACGUUAUGUGUAGGACUACAAAUGGGUAUCCUAUCUUUCCUGAGCAUCAUAUCCGUAGAUCUACUAUAAGACUGACGCCGUGAAUUUUUUUUUUUUUUCACAACACCGAAGAAUUCGAAAAAAGUAAGAACAAGAUAGCACGUAAGAUAAGACUCAAUUAUUGAUUUAUGAUAAAUCGCAACACUCGUACUCUAUGAAGUACACA